AAGCGUUCCCUGCUGCAGUCACGUGACACGGUGAGGACAGCAGUGCAGUUUGUGGUGUCUGCUCUUUUUAUACUCACUCGCCAUUUUGAGCCAGCACAGUCGGUGACCUACUUUAACCAGCAGCGAAAACGACAACGUGGGAGCAGCUAUUUUAGGAAAGAAACGGCUGAUAAAAACAACAUGAGUGGCUGCCGUGUCUUCAUUGGACGCUUGAGUCCUCAUGCAAGAGAGAGAGACGUGGAGAAGUUUUUCAAGGGCUACGGCCGCAUCCGUGAAAUCAACUUGAAGAAUGGGUUUGGCUUUGUGGAAUUUGAUGACCACAGAGACGCAGACGAUGCUGUGUAUGAGUUGAAUGGCAAAGAACUGUGCAGUGAAAGGGUUACUAUUGAGCAUGCUCGCUCCAGAAGAGGAAGAGGUGGUGGCCCUGGAAUGGGACGUUUUGGCGGUGGCGGCGGCGGUGGUGGCGGCGGCUAUCGGCCAUCUCGCAGCAGUGGAUCCAGGUAUGGCCCUCCUGUGCGGACCGACCACAGACUCGUUGUAGAGAACCUCUCAUCGCGGACGAGCUGGCAGGACCUGAAAGACCUAAUGAGGAAAGCAGGUGAAGUUACCUUUGUGGAUGCUCACAGACCCAACAAAAAUGAAGGGGUGGUGGAGUUUGCAUCUCGCAGUGACAUGAAGAAUGCCAUAUCCAAGCUUGAUGGGACAGAACUGAACGGACGAAAGCUGAAGAUCUUUGAGGACAGCAGAAAUCACAGCAAGAGCCGCUCUCGCUCCCGCAGCUACUCGCGCUCAAAGAGUCGCUCCAGGAGCCGCAACCGCUCCAGGAGCCGCUCCAGGUCUGCAAGCCGUACUCCUGAAAAGAAGACCUCGGGAGGCGGUAAGGCCACAGCCAGAUCCCAGUCCAGGUCCAAGUCUCGCUCUAAGUCCCGCUCCAGGUCUCGCUCACGUUCGCCUGCGCCGGCUCAGGACAAACAGUCCCGUUCCCGCUCCCGUUCCCAGUCCCGCUCUCGUUCCCGUUCCCGCUCCGCCUCAGCAGACAGCAAACACUGAGAUGGGUACACCUGUAUGUUGUAACAUAGACUGGUAGUUGCUCGCUGUGGGCCUAAAUGUUUUUCUUUUUUUCUUGCUGACAUUGUACCUUUUUUGAUAAAUUGCCUUUUACAUGGCUUCUUUUGAAAUUCUUCUUUUGUCAUUAAUGACACACUUUUUGUUUUAUUUGUAAAUCCUGCUUUAAGUUGUGCAUCCGUAGGAGGAAGUUCUGUUAUUGUGAGUUAAAGAUUUCCUCUCUCAGUACAGACCUUCGUACCUUUACGAAAUGCUCAGUCGGUGAUGAUACCCGCUACAGUCCUGGCGUCUGUCCUAGCUGCCAUGUUUUGAUUCCAUCCACUACUCUGUGGCUCUCAGCCACAUCAUUGAUUCUCCAAAACGUUGUGUGUUUUGGUCUGUAAUGCGAGCUCCUGGUGUUGUGAUUACGCUUCUGAUGAGACAUUUGUACAAACGUUUCAUUCACUGCCCUGAUAUGUGAAUCUGCAAACACUUCAGCUAGUUAUUUGUUGGCAUCUUUGUGUAAUGGAUUUGGAAUCUGUCUUUAAUUUUGACUGGGUACUUUUUUUUUUUUUUUUUUUUUAAAUCAUGGCCUUAUCCCACCUUCUGAUUUUUCUUUAUCUCCACCCUGUGGGGUUUUGAUGGCCUAAAUACACAUUUGUUUCUAAAUAGGUUCAUAAUUUGAUACUAAUAAAAUGCCCACUGAAUAUUGUAUCUUUUUUCUUUUUUUUUUAAUGUCAGUUUUUUAAAAUACUUGUGAAUGUGGUUCGAGAGAUUCACAUACGCAUUAAAAUUUCUGCGAUUGAACUCAAUAAAGCUUCACAAACUGUUA